AUGUAUUGUUACACUGGAAUAAAAUUUGUUUUACAAUAACUUCGAAAUUUCUCAGAAAUAAUAUCAUGUACCCCACCCACCUAAUUCAUAAUUUCAGAAUAACAUAGGCCUUAACCAUUAUAUAAUGUAUAACAAGGAAUAGAAAGGGCGCCAGAGCACUGUCCGCUAGGGGAAACCUAGCUGAUGUAACCGGUGCUGAUUUGGAAGAUUGGCCUUCAAAUGUAUCCUGCUGGGUAGAAUUGUGAUUGGAAAGGAAGCUCUGCAUCAAGUCAAUCAAGGUUCCCCUGAUUCCUUAGUGAUUCAGCAUUUGAGUGAGUCAUCUCUGGAGCUCUUGAUUUGUAGCAGUGUGUAUAUAAUGUAUAUAAUUAGGGCCAUAUAAUUAGUCUAUGAUAUCAAUUGUCCGAUUAGCUCAGUUGGUAGAGUAUCUGACUUGCAAGCAGAAGGUCACAGGUUCGAGUCCUGUAUCGGGCUGCACAUUUUUCCGCUUCUAUCACACAUCAAAGGCCUUAGAAAAAUAAAGAAGAAUGGCAUCAUCUGGAUGGGACUUGGCUAGACUUGAUGCAAGUUUAAUGGCUGUCAGAAGGAGCUGGCUCUUACUUCUUCUGGAAACCAUGCUUGCAAUUGCUGGUGGUAUAAUGAAUAUUGAAGAUUUUCCGUGUAAUGACUUGGUGAUAUGUUCUGAUAGUUUACAAGUUAGUGGUGGUGAUACUGAUACCAGUUGAUAGUUGGAUGGCUUGCUCUGAUCACUUUCUUGAAAGUUGUGGUCAUUGUUUGCAAUAUUGUGUACCUCUGGAAUUUGAGGACAAAAUUCCAGUUUGUGAGGGUGUAUGCUGCUGUACAAACCUGAUCAUAUUAGGGGAGAAAAUACAUAAGGCAAUAGGUUAGAUCAGAGUCAGUAGGGUGUAACUUAGACUAGAAAAAAAAUGAAUGCAAUCAGUAAUUCGCUAAACUUUCACUUUUGUCACUCGUUAAUGCAGUUUUCUUUGUGCAAGAUUGCAACCUACCAGGUGAUUUGUGUACAAACUUUAUAAGGAUUCAGAAAAUUGGAUAGGACCAGACUCAAAAACAUACUGUCAUGUAGGUGUCCAGUAAAUAAUCUGAAGAUAAUUUUGCCAGAAUGCGACAGAAAGUAUUGUAUGUUCUCAAGGGGUCAGGGAAUAUCUUCGUGAAGUUUGUACAGUAUGGCUGCAUCUAUCAUUGUGUCACAACAUAUGGUGUCUCUUGUGUAACUUGUGAUGGCAAGUCAAUGGAGCCAGCAAUAUAUCAUGGUGAUGCAUAUAUCGUAGAAUGUAUAAGUGUACGUAGGCAGAAGUUGAAAAGAGGGGACAUUGUUGGUGUCAAGUCUAUGGAUGAUCCAAAUAAGUAUAUAUGUAAAAGGAUAGUUGCAAUGGGUGGAGAUAAAGUAUACAAUGACAUAUCAAAUGAACGUGUUUGGGUACCAAAAGGCCAUGUAUGGUUAGAGGGAGAUAAUAAAAGCAGCUCACAUGAUUCAAGAUAUUAUGGUCCUGUCCCCUAUGGACUUAUAUUUUGUAGACUUAUAUUCAGGAUCUGGAGUGGCCACCAGCACAAAGUUCACAUGUCCAAGGACAGAUGACAUUGACUCAGGAAUUAGUUCAUUUCGUGUACAGUAUUCCAUAUAACUUCAUUGUCUUCAGAAAUAAAGACCAAAGGGGCAUAAAUAAUUAUGUGCUACAGUUUUUAGCUCAGUGUAAACUUAUUUGGAUAUAGAUACUAUAUAGAUUAAUAGUAUUAUUUAAGAAGUAAUAAGUUCCCAAACGUGGUUUAGCGUAGAAUAAACUGAGUUUUGAGUUCUUGUGCGUAAAAAUAGGCCUGAGUGAUAUAUUGUUUCGCAUAAGAACGAAAAACUCAGGUUUUUCUAUGAUGGACGGGACUUGAAAGUGUCUUUAAGCUAGCCAGAAUUGCCUGUGUCGAUUUUUAUGAUUUAUUUAUUUCCAUUGCUAAAUGUUACCUUUGUUAUAAUCUGCCUAUGAAAUAUAUAUUCAUGACCUGUUUUAGCUAAACCAUAGAUAAUUUUUUUUUUAUGUAUUGAUAAUGACAUUCAAAAUAUUCAUUUUCAUAAAAGUAUAUGUAGUUGCUGAUAAGACAUAUCUUAAAGUGUGUAACAUUAUUGUAAUACCAGUGUUUGUGUAGAUAUAUAGGAGUCAAACAGAAAUGUUGAAUUACAUAUGAGCUGUGCCAUGAGAAAAGCAACAUAGUGGCUUUGCGACCAGCAUGGAUCCAGAACGGCCUGCACAUCCGCGCAGUCGGGUCAGGAUCCGUGCUGUUCGCAUUCAAAGCCUAUUGCAGUUAGAGAAACUGUAAGCCACUAUGUUGGUUUUCUCAUGGCGUGGCUCAUAUAGUGAGCAUUCUGCUUUUACUUUUAAAAUGUUUUGCAAGUAACUGAAAUGAAAGACCCUUAGAUUGCAGGAUGACAUUUUUUUCAUUUAUUUUGACUUAUGUUAAAAUGCUAUCAUUUAUUAAUGUCAUGUUACUGUAUUAAUAUAGACACAUUUCACAAUUGCUUUUUACAUACAAAAUAUUCUAAAUUUUUUUUAAAUAUCAUUUAUUUUAUAAGCUUUAGAAAUAUGGUAAUGUUUCCCUUUAUUGCCAGUACUGGUAAAACAUGGGAUAUUUCCUAUUUGUGGCUUUUAUUCAAGUCUCUGUGUCUGAAAAAACAGAAUUUAUUUAGUAAUAUUGUCUUUUGCCAAAGUUUUAUUAGAUAUUGCAGAGGAUUUUACUAGACUCUCAAGGUCAAGGUCACACUUUAGUUCCAACUGAAGUAGGUCAUAUAGUUGAGCCUGCCUUAGCAGCCACCUGUAUUCAACAGCUAUUUGUCUUAAUUAAGCAGCCUGUGAGCCAACUUAUUAAAUGAAAUAUUUGUUCUAAUUUGAACUUGAGUUAAGUAGCCAUUUGCCCUAUCAGCCAGAUGGUGGUCUCUUAUGUUGCUUCUUAACCUUUAUCCUGCUAAAUUUCUAAAUUGGGCUGGUCCAUCAUUCAAUUUGGGCAGUACCAUUUAUUAUUCAAAGGGGUGUUCCCUGAAAACAUACUAGCAAACAGAGCUGCCUGCACAGAUGAUCUUGGUCUGCACUGGUCCCAAAGGUAGUCCAACUAAUUUGACGUGAUCCUUGGAAAUACUGAGAUAAUUUUCUCUGUUACUAUCAAAGCUAUUGACUUGAAACCUAAAAUACUUAUUUACCAUCAAAGUCUAAACCCGGAGAAACAGUCCCCAUAACUCUUAUUUGAAUUUUGACAGAAUUAUGUCCCUUUUAACUUAGAAUUUUUUGUUAAAAUUUUUGAUAAAGUCAAAUAUCUCUGUUACUAUUAAAGCUUUUUACUUGAAACUCAGAAUAGUUAUUUACUAUUAAAGUCUACACCAGGAGACACACAAUUCCCAUAACUCUUGUUUGAAUUUUGACAGAGUUAUGUCCCCUUUUAACUUGGAUUUUUUCUUUUACUGGGAAAGCUCUAAUUCAGAGUCAAGCACUGAGAAAAGUCGAGCACGCUGUCUUAUGGACAGCUCUUGUUCAUAUGGGCAAUAUCCCCACUCGCGUCAAACACUCGAAAGACCAAAAUAGUUGAAGCAAUUUACGAUGAAAUUUUCAUCGCUGCCGAUGCUUUACAUGCUAUAGGUUUAAAUGCCAAUUAUUUCAUGAAUUGGCCAUAAAUUCAAAUAAAACUUACAUGUAUCAAAAUGGGAUUCAAUUUUUCAUUGAUUUAUUUAAAAUUAUCAAAUAAUACCCAAAAUUAUGAAUUUUCUGGUGAUUUAAACCUAUGUAUGUAUGGUACACGAUUAACUGUUACUGUAUUACACAGUAACUUUACAUGGCUGUGUACUGUGAUUCAUCCUCCAUUAUCUUGGUGCUUCAAAGUUUUGACUUUUAGAUUGCCAGUCACAAAUAUAAAACAAUGUGAACGUUGAAUUAUUUUGACUUGUCACAAAGGCAGAAUCACUUGCCGGCAGCAGGCUAAAGGUUAGAUACAGGUUUGAUUGUGUAUCAAUUAUUUGUUCUUCUUAGAAAACAAUGUGUUCAAAUUAUACUCCUUGCAUGUGCAGUACUGAUUCCCACAUCUUUUAUAAAAGUCAACAAUUUCUAAUAUCUUUUCCCAAGAAUAAGAUUUGCAUUUAAGAGGCAUUUUAUCCAUUUUGUUUUCACAAUUUACACAACAAUGACAAACUGUAAUGACAAUGCAAACAACUUCUCUGGUAUUCAAACUUUUAUUUUCAUUUAUUGAGAACAUUUUGUAUUUAAAAAACAUGAUUAUCUUAAACAAUUUUACCAGACAGUAGACAUUAAAAUCUUUUUUAACACCCAUUAGCUAUUCAACAGGUAAGAACACUUGUCCCCUGUAUUCAUGAUAAAAAAACUAUCACGGUAUAAUACCGUUAAUUAUGUCUUUUUGCUACAUCUAUUGUUUGUUUACCAGUUUGUUUUCCACUAUUCGGAUAUGUGUCUACUUUCGAGACAAAAUUAUGGUAAAGGCAUGGCAUGGGCUUGUUAUCUCAUACGGAAUAACAGUAAGGCCUUAUGUGCUUAUUUUUGAUAUGCGCUUAUAUUCGAAUAUGCACUUAUUUACCAGAUUUUACAGUAUUUAGGUUAUUUUUUUAAAUAUAAUAAUGAAUGGUGCUUAAAGUGUUCACUAUGUAAAGGUUUUCAUGAUUAUUGUGAUUAUACUCUGGCAGAAUGAGACUGUAAUUAACUAUUCUGUUUUAUAUUAUACUGAGUAAUUAAAUAAUUUUUUAAUUAGUAAUAAUUAUGUGUAUGCAAUUACAAUUAUUUAAGGAUAGGGUUUACUUUGAAAAUUUCCAUUUUCUUUGUUUUUUCGUUAUCAAUGAUAAUUUUAAUUUGAGGAAUAGUUGUAUAAAUAAGAUAAAUAUCAUAUUACAGUUUAUAAUCUCUUCACUAUUUGUAGAGAUAUAUUCAUUUGAAGGGAGCCUCCAUGGCCGUGUGGUUAAGGUCGCUGACGUCAAAUCACUUGCCUGUCAUCGAUGUGGGUUCAAGCCUCACUCGGGGCAUUGAAUUCUUCAUGUGAGGAAGUCAUCCAGCUAGCUUACAGAAGGUCGAUGGUUCUAUGAAAUAAUGCACGGAGGGGCACCUAGGGUCUCCCUCCACCAUCAAAGCUGGAAAGUCGCCAUAUGACCUAUAAUUGCGGUGUGAAGUAAAACCCAAAACAACAACCAAAAAAAAAAGAAAGAUUCAUUUGAAAGUUAAUACACUAAAACAGUCACUACAUAUGAAUCAUUUGCCAUGCUGACAUUUGUUUUUUCAUUAAGGGUAAAUUUUUAGCGCAUCUGACUUAUUGUGAUCGCUCAAUGUCUGUCGUCCAUCGUCUUGUCUUCUCUAUUGUCUACCAACAUUUAGCUUGUGUAUGCGAUAGAGGCUGUAUUUUUCAAUUGAUCUUCAUGAAAUUUGGUCAGAAUGAUUGCCUUGAUGAAAAUCUAGACCAGGUUUGAAUAUGGGGCAUUUGAGGUCAAAAACUAGGUCACUAGGUCAAAUCAAAGAAAAACCUUGCAUAUGCGAUAGCUGAGGCUGUAUUUUUUAGUUGAUCUUCAGUGACAUUGGUCAGAAUAAUUGCCUUGAUGAAAUCUAGGUCAAGUUUGUAUAUGGGUCAUGUUGUGUCCAAAACUAGGUCACUAGUUCAUAUCAAAGAAAAAUCUUGUGUAUGCAACAGGAACUGCAUUUUACACCGGAUCUUCAUGAAAUUUGAUCAGAAGGUUUGUCUGGAUGAAAUCUAGGUCAAGUUUGAAUUUGAGUCAUCUGAGGUAAAAAAGUAGGUCAACUGAUCAAAUUAAAGAAAAACCUUGUGUAUGCAAUAGGGGCUGCAUUUUACCCUGGAUAUUCAUAAAGUCAGAAUGAUAGCCUUGAUGAAAUCUAGGUCAAGUUCGAAUAUGGGUCAUCUGGGGUCAAAAACUAGGUGAAAUCAAAGAAAUAUUUUCCAUUUAUCUUCAUGAAAUAUGGUCAGAAUGAUUGCCUUGAUCAAAUCUAUGUCAAGUUUGAAUAUAAGUCAUCUGGGGCCAAAAACUAGGUCACUAGGUCAAAUCAAAGAAAACCUUGUGUAUGCAAUAGGUUCUCCAUUUUACACCGGAUCUUCAUGAAAUUAAGUCAGAAUGGUUUCCUUGAUGAAAUCUAGGUCAUGAUUGAAUAUGGUUAAUCUUUGGUGGGAAACUAGGUCACAAAGUCAAAUAAAAAAAAGCAACCUUAUGUAUGCAACAGGGACUGCAUUUUACACAGGAUCUUCAUGAAAUUUGAUCAGAAUGUGUCUGGAUAAAAUCUAGGUCAUGUUUGAAUAUGGGUCAUGUUGGGUCAAAAACUAGGUCACCCGGUCAAAUUAAAGAAAAACCUUUUGUGUGCAAUAGGAGCUGCAUUUUACACUGGAUAUUCAUAGAAUUUAGUUAGUGUGGCUACCUUGAUGAAAUCUAGGUCAAGUCUGAAUAUGGGUUAUCUUGGGGCAAAAACUUGGUCGCAAGUCCAAUAAAAGGAAAACCUUGUGUAUGCAAUAGGGACUGCAUUUUACACUGAAUCUUCAUGAAAUUUGAUCACAGUGUUUGUGUUGAUGACCUUUAGGUCAAGGUUGAAUCUGGGUCAUGUUGGGUCAAAAACUAGGUCAUCCAGUCAAAUCAAGGAAAAGCUUGAUAACACUUUAAAGGCCAAGUUUAUGGCCCUAUCUCCAUGAAAUUUGGUCAAAAUGUUUCUGAGGUCAAAAACUAGGUCACCUGUUGAAAUAAAAGAAAAACCUUGUGCAUGCAAUAGGGGCUGUAUUUUUCAUUUUAAGUGCGUGAAACUUUGUCAGAAUGUUUGUCUGCAUGAAAUCUCGGAUUAAUUUUCAUCUAGGUCAUGUGGGGUUAAAAAGUAGGUCACCAGGCAAAUCAAAGAAUAAGCUUGUUUACACUCUAGGUGCCACAUUUUUAUUCUAUCUUCAUAAAACUUGGUCAGAAUGUUUUUUAUCAUAAAGUUUUUGAUGAUGUCGAAUCUGGGUCAGGAGGGGCCAAAAACUAGGUCGUUAGGUUAAAUUAAAGAAAAAGCUUGUAUACACUCUAGAGGCCACCUUUUGUUCCUAUGUUCCUGAAACUUUAUCAGAAUGUUUGUUUUAAUUAAUGGAAUCUUGGACAAGCACGAAUCUUGGUCAUGUGGGGUCAAAAACUAGGUCACUAGGUCAAAUCAAAGAAUACUACUUGUUUACAUUCAAGAAACCACAUUUUUGGUCCAGUCUUAAUGAAAAUUGAUCAGAAUAUUUGUUUCCAUGAAAUCACUAGGUCAAACAUGUUUACACUGUUAUGGUGUGAUUCUCAGGUGAGCAACCUAGGACCAUCUUAGCCCUCUUGUUACAUAUUUUAAAGUUAAAUGAUUUUUUUUAUAUGUGUUAAUUUAUGUAUUAGUUAAAAUGUUUUGUAAUAAAUAUUCAUAAUGUAAGGUAAUUAAAACUAAUUUUGAAAUAAUUUAA